AUGGGGGUGCUGACGGUACCGGUGAACGAGGAGAUCAUGCGGCUGAAUAGCUGGCAGCAGGUCUUAGACCAUGCACUGGAGAGGGGCGAGGUGAUGGACGAGCUGAACGCCGUGACGUCCCUGCACCGGGCGGCCAAGCUCUAUCGCGAGGAAGACGGGCGAACUCCAUUAGAUGCGAUCCAUCACCAUCCAGGCUUCAUCGGUUUGGUGCAGCUCACGCAGCACUUCGUGGCUCGCUGUCGGCCGCAGCAGCUGGCGAACGCCUUGUGGAGCUGUGCGGUGUUGAUGUUUCAGCCAGUGGAGCUUUUGACGUUGCUGUGCAGAUGGGCCGUGAAGCGCUUGAGCAACUUCGUUCCGCAAAACGUGUCGAACAGCAUCUGGGCCUUGGCCACGCUGGGCUUCGUGGACGAAGAGUUGUUGGAGCUGGUUCCCAAGCAUGUCGAGGCCAACCUUCAAGACUACAGCCCUCAGGACUUGUCCAACACCUGCUGGGCCUUCGCGCGCCUCCAACGGCCCUGCGACGCGCUCUUCCGCUGGGUCCUCGCAGAGUCGGUGAUGCAACUGAGUCGCUUCCAGCCUCAAAACAUGUCGAACCUGGUUUGGGCAUGUGCCACCGUGAUGUACAAGGAUGAGGAGGCCAUGAUGGCGAUCGCCGUCAGUGCAUGUGCCCGUGUGGCCGAGUUUGGAACCCAGGAGCUGUCCAAUCUCACCUGGGGUCUAGCGACACUGGGCAUCUUCUGUGAGGACUGGAUGGAAGCCAGCGGUGCUGAGAUGAUGAAACGCUGCAAGGAAUGUGUGCCACAGGAUCUGUCGAACACGUUGUGGGCCUAUGGCACGCUGAAGCACAAGCGCAACGAGCACAUUCGCGCAAUCAACUGGGAAGUGAUGCGUCAGAUCGAAUGGUUUUCGCCGCAAGGCUUAUCAAACGUGAUUUGGGGUUUGUCAGCUGUCGAAUACCGCGACAUGAAGGCGCUGACGUGCAUCAGCGAGGAGAUCCUGCGACGGCCCGUCGAGCAGCUGACGCCGCCGGAUAUCUCCACGUUGCUCUACAGCUUCGCCGUGCUCGCCUGGACUCACGAGGACGCGCUGCGGAAGCUGCGCCGGGCGGUGCUGGCGAAGAUGGAUCGCUUGGCCUCGAGGGACGUGGCGAACGUCUCCUGGGCCAUGGUGACGCUGUCCCUGCGCGACGACCGGCUGUUUCGCUUGCUCAUGGAGAAGGCCGAGCAGCUGCUGCCGGAGUUCACCGUCACCGGGCUUUGCAACGUCGCUUGGGCUUUCGUCCGCUUCGGCCUGCCGGUGUCCGGUGGGCUGGCGCGCGGCUUGGCUCAGGAGACGCUGCAGCGCCGGGAGGAGCUGUUUGACGAACCCGGCGACGCGGUGCUCCUCGCUGACGCCGUGUGCAGCGAGUGGAGUCACCACGUGGAGCCCUCCGUCUUGGACCGAUGCGAUGCGAUCGGCAGGUGGCCAUACCAAGAGGUGCUCGUCUUCCUGGAAGACUGGACCAACAUCCCCACGAUGGGCAACGGUGGUGGCGAAGUGGAGACCUAUCAGUCACGAGUCACUGGCUUCAAGACGAUCCAGCUGGGGCAGCGGAUGUCGUGCGAGAUGAUGCAGAAGUUCAACAUGUUGGAAGAUGAUUCCAAGAUCUACUUGCCACUGCGGCGCAUGCGCGAGGACUGGCUGCUGCGGAACAUCCAAGUUGCAUAUGAGCAAGAUCCGACGGAUGCGACGAUGAAGCACAAGACAACUUGUACCUGGCAACUGACCCUGCCAGAUGGCUCCUUUCUGCAAGAGCCUCAGGUGGUGGCCAGUGGAACUGCCAUGGACGAGCCCAUCCGUUUGGUGCACUGCUUGGUGGAACAUCCUCGUGCCAACGACGCGGAGUUCCAGGUGCUCAACAAAGCCGCCGACCGUUUGUUGAAACAUGGCAGUGGAUCAGCUGGUGCCACUCUGCAUUUGGACGUGAGCGAGAUCCCAUGCUUGUCAUGCUUCGGUGCCUUGCGACAGUUCCAGAAGGCCUUUCCGGAGGUCUCGCUGCGGGCGUCCUUCAGCAUCCGCAAGGUCUGCGAGAUCUCGGAGGACUGUUCCGGCGACCUCGACCGGCCGUUGCCGAUGCCCGGGCGGCCGGCGACGGACUUGCCACGGCCCUCGCCGCAGGAGGUGCUUGACAAUCGAGGGCGCGGGCGGCCCAUGUCUUCCAUGGCCGCACCACCAGCGGUCCGCCGGAAGCUACGACGGCCACCGGACCCCGAGGCACCUAAGGCCGCCGCCUUGGCCCUCAACGGCGCUCGCACUUCAGCCGUGAACGGCGACGAGGUGAAGAAGAGCCAGGAUCCGGCUCAGCCGCUGAAUGGAACGAAGGGUACGAAGAUCCAGGAGGCACGGCCUAUCUCCAUGUAUGAGCAGGUGAAGCGCAAGGAUUGGGCGCAGUCCUUCUACUGA